AUGCGCUUCUAUACGAGUUCUCCGCCACUACAGCCGCCGGUUAUUGUGGGCGGGCCUGCAGACCAAGCUGCUUUGCUAGAAGCGGGAGAAGGAGCCCUUCAGAACCGGAUUAUGGAAAUGAAAAAAGAUAAACAAUACUCACUAAGUUUCAAAAACGCCCUGGUGAAGGAAGAACGUAUUGAAUUUGUAAUGUCACAAAUACUCCAAGAGCGCAUAGAAAAUAGAAAAGAUAUUAAGAAUGGGAUAGAUAUUCACUUUACGGAUCUCUUUAUUAUUAUUAAAAGAGACCCCAGCUACCGGAACCGCCAGUUGGGUCAUAUCCUUGCUGAUCUACAAGCCAAUAGAGACCAUAGUCGGUAUUAUCAACCAAUACUUACAAGCAUCCGAGAUUUGGGAAGCCAAGUAUAA